AUGGCGACCGUAGACAAUGUACUAGUACGUGAUGUGCUGAAAAUGGAGCGAAUCGGGGCACAUUCUCAUAUUCGUGGCCUUGGAUUAUCUCCAAAUUUGGAACCGGAACGAGUUUCUGAGGGUAUGGUCGGUCAGAUGGAAGCACGACGGGCUGCUGGGAUUGUUGUGAAAAUGAUUCAGGAUGGGAAAAUCUCAGGUCGAGCGGUGUUAUUAACAGGUGAACCUGGUACUGGAAAAACAGCCAUUGCAAUGGGUUUGUCACAAGCCCUUGGUGAAGACACGCCAUUUGUAUCGAUAACUGCUUCCGAAGUAUUCUCGAUGGAAAUGAGCAAGACUGAGGCAUUAAUGCAAGCUUUUCGAAAGGCUAUAGGUGUGCGAAUCAAGGAAGAAACUGAGGUAUUGGAAGGUGAAGUGGUAAGCAUUGAAAUUGAUCGACCAGCAACUGGUGGUGGUGCAAAAGUGGGCAGGCUUACAAUGAAGACAACCGAUAUGGAGACAAUUUACGAUCUUGGCAACAAAAUGAUUGAAGCAUGUAUAAAACAGAAAGUCGCGGCUGGCGAUGUAGUGCAAAUUGAUAAAGCUUCAGGUCGUAUAACAAAGAUUGGUAGAUCAUUUUCACGCACUUAUGACUACGAUGCUUUGGGUCCGCAAACGAAAUCUGUACGGUGUCCUGAAGGUGAAAUCCAAAAACGCAAAGAAACUGUUCAUACAAUUGCAUUACACGAAAUUGAUGUAAUAAAUUCACGAACGCAGGGGUUCUUGGCCUUAUUUUCAGGGGACACUGGCGAAAUAAAAAAUGAAGUGAGAGAACAAAUUAACAAGAAGGUAGUCGAAUGGCGGGAGGAAAAUAAAGCAGAUGUUAUUCCUGGUGUUUUGUUUAUUGAUGAAGCACACAUGCUAGAUUUGGAAUGCUUUUCAUUCUUGAACAGGGCCAUUGAAUCCGAUCUUUCUCCCAUUCUUGUAAUAGCAACCAAUAAAGGACAUGAAUAUAUUCGUGGAACACAAAUCAAAAGUCCUCAUGGAAUUCCAAUUGAUCUUUUAGAUAGAUCAUUAAUAAUCCGAACAAAACCGUAUUCGAGCAAGGAUAUUGAAGAUAUUUUGCGCAUCCGUGCACAAGAAGAAUCUGUGGAAAUGGAAGCAGAUGCGUUUGGCAUAUUAACCUUACUGGCUGGUAAAACCUCGUUGCGAUAUGCUAUGCAACUGAUUUCAACUGGGAAUAUUUUACGUGAACGAAGACGUGGUGAAAAGGUGUCACCGGCAGAUCUCAAACGAGCUUAUUCUUUAUUUAUGGAUCAUAAAAGGAGCGAAAAGUUCUUGAACGAUUAUCAGAAACACUUCAUCAACGACUAA